AUGGCCACCUCCGACGCGAAGUUAAAGUUCGAUGAGCCAUACAACCUCGUAACUUCAUAUUGUAUCACGCCCACGAUUCUGGCCUUUCUGAGGCUUCUGUUCGCGUUGUACACCCUCGUUGUGUUGUUGUUCAUUCUCAUUUGGGAUGGUGUGCAUCAUGAUGGUGCUCAGUCGUACGUUGUGUUGUUCUUAUGCUUUGGUGAUAUCUUGAUGAAUGCGGCCAGAUACUUUUCGUACUUCACUAAUCUCUCCUACAUCGGGAUAUGCGCGUAUUUCUUCGCUUCGGGCGUUCAGACAUUCUUUUACGCGAGGAACCUCAAGAAUGGGGUUGAGGGUUAUCCUCUUCAGCGCUGGCCGCGCCCUUUGCAGUACCUUCAUGUUGUCCUCUAUUGCACCAUUACCACAUUGCCUAUACUGGUUACCAUCGUUUUUUGGGUCCUUCUUGCCUCUUCCUCCACAUUCGCGACGCCAUUUUCAGGCUGGUCAAAUAUCUCAAAGCACGCUUUGAACGCUGUGUUCGCCUUAUUCGAACUCCUUGGCACGAACGUGGGACCAUACCCAUGGACUGUCCUUCCUGUUGUCAUCGUCAUUCUGGGAGGAUAUCUCGGGGUUGCAUACAUCACUCACGCCACACAAGGAAUCUACACCUACUCUUUCCUCAAUCCGAAGAAACAGGGUAAAAAGCUCGCUGCCUAUAUCAUUGGUAUCGCCAUUGGGGCAUGCAUCAUUUUCCUGAUCGCCAGGGCGAUUAUCGUGCUUCGAGUUCGAUUCACGAAGGGUUCCCGUAAGGCGUCAGUAAUCGAGGCUUCAGAGCCGCUUGUUAUUGAGGAGAAGAAGUCCGAGUCUGCGUAG